AUGGCGCGUGAAUACGAGUUCUUUGUGACGACAGAAAAGCCACAUCUGCCCAAUGGAGCAGAGCGAGGCAUGAUCCGCCGGCUAGUAAUGCGGAAUUUCUUCGAAACAAAGACAACUGCACGCCAGGCGGGCAAAUCAGAGCAUAGCUCGGCAAUCACAGUCAUGGCAAGACAGCAACUGAACAAUCGCUUCCGCCUGCCCAAAUCGGGCAAUGAAAAUGAUUCUAAACGGGAGUCGAAGAAAGUAAAGAACAAGAGCAAGGCGAAAAAAAGUCGGACACCCAAGACCACGUCAAAGACGACUGAAGGCUCACUAGGUGAUGAAGCAAGACACAGCAUGUCAGUGGAAACAAGUGACAAAAGCGAAGGAGAAGUGGGGAGUGUCGUAGUCAAAAAGUUCAAGCUGAGGUUAGACCCGAGUGCUCAUCGUAUCGACCCUUUCGACAUUCUACCAGUGCCAGGGACACCGCAGUUCGACAUGCUGUUUCGAUUGUACAAGGGCGCACCAAAGAGUAACUCGAUUGCCAUUGAUGCCAAAAACACCUGGCCAUCCUUCACCAUCCAUGACGCUGGUCUCAUGCAUGCGACGCUGGCUACCUGGGCGAUUUAUGGCGUGCUCGCAAAGGGGCUUAGUGAACUGCACUGCUGUCACCUAAGGCACAAGAAUGAUGCAAUCAAGGUCAUCUGUUCCAAACUCACCGAGUCUGGAGGAGUGGUCUCGGACGAGGUGAUUGGCACCGUCUUGACUCUUGCCAGUUUCGAGGGCCAGAAUCUAUUCGGGGCUUAUGAUCAAGCCCAGUUACAUCUGGUAGCUCUGAGACGCAUGGUGGUGGCCCGGGGCGGCUUAUUCGCAUUCGGGCACAACGAUGGCUUGCUGCGCGCCAUUCUAUGGGUGGAUUUCCAUACUGCCGCAGCUUUCCGGACGGCUCCUUCGUUCCCGCUUGUGUGCCUUGACCCAGACGCACCCCCUUUGCCAGACGAGCUCCUGGAAGAAGCAGCAUGCACGUCGCCAACAUCGCUGCUUCAACUGUCUCUCGCAGCAGUCGAGACUUUCAACAUAUUUUACAGGUUACAUCGAAUCGCGCUGGCGAUUUCGGCACAUUGGUCUCGACGUGUUGACAGACUUACGCUCAGCAACCUCCUCUACCACACGCAGUUCAUCAUUCUCUCCAUACCUGAUCGGUCACGCGAGUUUAUUGAGUUUGAUAGGGAUUUUGGUGAGUGCAAGGACGAGGGUUACGAGGAGCAAAAACACAGAGCAGAUGCAGCCAGUGUGGUCGAAGGCCUUGUUGCUGCAACCCUUCUCUUUGUGUACGCAGCUUUACGGGGCCUACCGACGAAUGCGAAAAUCUUCACCAUUCUCCUGGGUCGGCUGCGCAUCGCCAUUGACCGCCCCAGAGCCUCCAUGUUCGAAGUGUGGAAGCGCGAGAAGAAUCCGAAGAUGCUGAUCUGGGCCCUAGUUGUAGCCUGCUCUGUCGUAGUGUCGGAUACAGAUCACACUUGGUGGAUUACAAGACUGAGCGAGUUGUGUGGAGCAAUGGAGAUCCGGCAGCGAGCUGAGCUAGAAGGUAUCAUGCAGCACAUUGCAUGGACAGACGUGUUCUUUGAGGACAAACUGGAGAGGAUAUGGACAGACAUGAUGCAGCAUCGGCUACGCAUGACGGCAACGCAGAUAUGGGAGCAGGAAAAGGCAUACAGCGCAAAGGAAUACAGCGCACCGAUGGAUUUCGAAGAGGGCAGAUGGAAGGUGGAUAACUGCAUGACCAUGUUGCUGGAAAGGCUGCCAUGCGCCAUUAUGCGUGAUGACUGCAUGGGCAUGGGCGGCACAGGGCCAUGUUUGGCGCUAGUCCGCAUUCGGCCCUGGUUCGUGAAUGUUCCAGGGUCGGGGAAACUAACGCCGAUGGCUACGCGAUGGCGAGGCAUGGCGGCGGGCAUAAUCUUCGUAGACGGACCUUCGUCUGGCCACGACACACCCACCAUGGCGCCGCUUGUCGACAACCCCCAGAUCAAGCAGGCCAGCCUGCACAACCCGCUGCCAUUGCAGCUGCACACGUACAUCUGGCCGUUCCUCAUAAUAUGGCCCGCCUUCUCCGCCAUCUACUUCUCGCCCCAGCGCUACGAGCAGUACAUCCAGUCGUCGGAAUGGACCUUUGUCUGGAUUGCCAGCAUCACCACCUUCCAGUCGCUCUUCUGGCUCAUGACGCACUGGAACGUCAACCUCAAGAGCGCCUUCACCACGACGUCGGCCAAUGACGUGCGCAGCGCACAGCUCAUCAAGGUGCAGCCUGUCAAGAACGCCGGCGCCGCCGAGAUUGUCAAGUUGAUUCGUGACAACGUCGGCGGAAAGCCAAACAUCUCGUUUCUCUUCCAGAAGCGCCGCUUUCUCUACGACGCCGAAAAGGGCUCCUUUGCCCCCCUCUCCUAUGCCCUUGACACCGAACCCAAGCCGCUGCUCAAGACGUUCCAGCAGACACAGGGCCUCACCUCUUUCGCGGAGAUUGAGCGCCUCCACCAGCACUAUGGCGACAACGCUUUCGAUAUCCCCGUGCCGACAUUUACAGAGCUGUUCAAGGAACACGCCGUUGCGCCCUUCUUUGUCUUCCAGGUCUUCUGUGUGGGGCUGUGGAUGCUCGACGAAUACUGGUACUACUCGCUGUUCACCCUAUUCAUGCUCGUUGUGUUCGAGAGCACCGUCGUGUGGCAGAGGCAGAGGACGCUGAACGAGUUCCGCGGCAUGAGCAUUAAGCCCUAUGAGAUUCUGGUAUACAGGCAGAAGAAGUGGCAGGAGGUUAUGAGCGACAAGCUGCUUCCAGGCGAUGUCGUCAGCGUCGGAAGGACAAAGGAAGACUCUGGCGUCGCAUGCGACAUGCUGCUUCUCGAGGGUUCGGCCAUCGUCAACGAGGCCAUGCUGUCAGGAGAGAGUACACCGGUACUCAAGGAAUCGGUUCAACUGCGGCCUGGCGAUGCACGCAUCGAGCCUGAGGGUCUGGAUAAGAACUCGUUCCUCUGGGGUGGUACCAAAGUUCUCCAGGUGUCGCAUGGAAACAGCGCCGAGGAAGAUGGUGGCGUUGUCCCGAUACUUUCGUCAGGCGUUCCCCCACCACCGGACAAGGGCGCCAUUGCUGUCGUGAUCAAGACUGGAUUUGAGACCAACCAGGGAAGCCUCGUCAGGACCAUGAUCUUCGCUACUGAGCGCGUUUCUGCCAACAACGUCGAAGCCCUCUUCUUCAUUCUCUUCCUUACCAUCUUCGCCGUCGCUGCCUCGUGGUACGUUUGGCAGGAAGGUGUCCGACUAGACCGCCAGCGCAACAAGCUCCUCCUCGACUGUGUCCUCAUUGUCACCAGUGUCGUGCCUCCUGAACUUCCCAUGGAACUCAGUUUGGCUGUCAAUACUUCUCUCGCUGCGCUGAGCAAGUACGCCAUCUUCUGUACAGAGCCAUUCCGUAUUCCCUUUGCCGGUCAGGUCGACGUGGCUUGCUUCGACAAGACAGGUACAUUGACUGGUGAGGACUUGGUUGUGGACGGCAUUGCUGGACUCUCUCUGGGAGAAAGCGGCGUGACCGUUGCAGCAGAUGGUGCGCACACAGAUCUCGCAAGGCUCACGGACGUCAGUACCGAAACUACAUUGGUGCUUGCUGCCGCUCAUGCUCUGGUCAAGCUGGAUGAUGGCGAGACUGUGGGUGAGCCGAUGGAAAGGGCUACGCUUCAGUCUCUUGGCUGGAAACUCGGAGCCAAAGACACUCUCCAGGCCACGAUGACUACUAUCAAAUCCCAUGCCGAACUUGUUCAAAUCCGCCGCCGCUUCCAAUUUUCGUCUGCCCUCAAGCGCCAAAGUUCCGUCGCUACCGUCCUUGUUAACAAUGCAAAGACGGGUCGCAAGGUCAAGAGCACAAUCGCUGCGGUCAAGGGCGCGCCCGAAACUAUCCGCAAGAUGUUGGUCAACACUCCCCCGCACUACGAGGAAACCUUUAAGCAUUUCACCCGCAACGGUGGCCGUGUGCUCGCCCUGGCGUACAAGUUCCUUUCAGACGAUGGAGAAUGGGGCCAAAGCCGCAUCAACGAUCUCAAGCGCGAGCAGGUCGAGUCUGACCUCCACUUUGCCGGUUUCCUUGUCCUUCAGUGUCCUCUCAAGCCUGACGCUAUCGAGGCUGUGCGUUCCCUGAACGAGUCCAGCCAUCGUGUAGUCAUGAUUACUGGUGACAACCCGCUUACGGCCGUUCACGUUGCUAAGCAGGUUGAGAUUGUCGAUCGCGAGUGCUACAUUCUCGACGCGCCUGAAAAUGACGACUCUGGUGAAAAGCUCGUGUGGCGUAGCGUUGACGACAAGAUCAGCAUUCCCGUUGACCCGACCAAGCCGCUGGACGAUGAAAUUCUGAAGACCAAGGAUAUCUGCCUUACUGGAUACGCGCUUGCUAAAUUCUCUGGCCAGCCUGGAUGGAACCAAAUUCUACGAUACACCUGGGUCUACGCUCGUGUCUCGCCAAAGCAGAAGGAGGAGAUUCUUCUUGGUCUCAAGGAUCGCGGCUACACUACUCUCAUGGCUGGUGAUGGUACCAAUGAUGUUGGUGCCUUGAAGCAGGCUCAUAUCGGUGUUGCUCUACUCAACGGCACCCGCGAAGACCUUGACAAGAUCGGCGAACACUUCCGCAAUACGCAAAUGAAGAAUGUCUACGAGAAGCAGGUCAACCUCAUGCAGCGCUUCAACCAGCCUCCGCCACCUGUUCCCAUCAUGAUUGCUCAUUUAUAUCCCCCAGGUCCUACCAACCCGCAUUAUGAGAAAGCAAUGGAGAAUCAAGCCAAGAGGAAGGGUCUCCUCACUGACGCCAACGGCGCGGCCAACGGAGCCGUAACUACUGAUAACGCCGUUCAACAACAGCCUCAGGGUGCUGCCAACUUUGCUCAGCAAAUGCAGGAGAAGAUGAUGGCCCAGGAAAUGGAGGAGCUGGCUGGUGAGCCCCCGACCAUCAAGCUCGGUGAUGCGUCUGUCGCUGCGCCCUUUACUUCCAAGCUUGCCAACGUUGUUGCCAUCCCCAACAUCAUCCGUCAAGGCCGUUGCACGCUCGUUGCGACGAUUCAGAUGUACAAGAUUCUUGCCCUGAACUGUCUAAUCUCCGCCUACAGUUUGUCGGUUCUCUACCUCGAUGGCAUCAAGUUUGGUGAUGGACAAGUCACCAUCUCUGGAAUGAUGAUGAGUGUCUGUUUCCUCUCCAUCUCCCGCGCGAAGACUGUCGAAGCGCUGUCCAAGGAACGCCCACAGUCCAAUAUCUUCAACACCUACAUUAUUGGAUCCGUGUUGGGCCAGUUCGCCAUCCACAUCAUCACGCUCAUCUACGUCAGCCAGUAUGUGCAGCGUGUUGAGCCCAAGGACCCCAACCCGGAUCUGGAGAAGGACUUUGAGCCAUCGCUGCUCAACUCGGCCAUCUACCUGCUACAGCUCAUCCAGCAAAUCUCGACCUUUGCCAUCAACUACCAAGGCCGUCCUUUCCGUGAGUCCAUCCGUGAAAACAAGGGCAUGUACUGGGGACUGGUCUCUGUUUCUGGUGUUGCGUUCUCUUGCGCCACAGAGUUUAUUCCUGAGCUCAACGAAAAGCUCAAGCUUGUUCCCUUUACUACCGAAUUCAAGAUUAUGAUUACCACCAUCAUGGCCUUUGAUUUUGUCGCUUGUUACGUUAUCGAGAAGAGCCUCAAAUUCUUCUUCUCGGAUAACAAGCCAAAGGACAUUGCCGUCAGGCGUCCUGACCAGUUGGAGAGGGAGAAUGAGAGGAAACGGGCCGAGGAGCUGCAAGCGCAGCGGAAGAAGAAUGAGGAGAUGGUUAGGAUGGCUGAGGAAAGGGGGUUGAUCAAGCGUGGGUAA